AUGGGAGGAAAAGCGGCAUUAGAGGCGUACAAAGAAGCUCAAGAAACUUUCUUAUUGAUUCAAUCGGAAAAGCUCCGCUCCGACUACGUCUAUCUGAGCUGGCUGGCAAGAUGCUACAUUAUGACGCGACAGGCACGCUCUGCAUGGGAGCUUUAUCUUAAAAUGGAUACUUCUACAGAGUCAUUCAGUCUGCUGCAGCUUAUUGCAAAUGAUUGCUACAGGAUGGCCCAAUUCUACUAUGCAGCCAAGGCAUUUGAUGUGCUAGAGCGCCUUGAUCCUAGCCCUGAGUACUGGGAGGGCAAACGGGGUGCAUGUUUGGGCGUCUUCCAACUUGUUAUUGACGGGCAGGAAUCGAAAGAGCGCCUCCGAGAGAUCGUAGCCAUGUUAAAGAGCACCAGCAACCCGCAGACUGAAUAUUUUGUCCGAGUAAUAAAGAAGUGGGCUAAGAAAAACGAUUUAUCGGUAUAA